AGCGACGGAAAUAAAAAUAAAUUUACAGUGAUUUAAAGGGAAAUUUAAAGGAUGAAAAGUCUGUAAAUCGCGCGAUAAAGUCCUUGUCGAAGUGCAAAAUCCGGUAGCGUCGCAGAUAUUUCGGGAAAAGUGCAUGAAAUUCACCCACAAAAAAUGUCCAAUUUAUCAACCAUCUUAUCUUCGAUGUCCUCUGCAUUCAACAAUAGCGAAAAAACUAAAGUGGUAAGUUUGGAGCAGGAUUCUACGCUGAAAUGGCGAGGACUUUUGAACAACACGUACGCCUCAAAGGACGCCAAACACAUGCGGAAUCGCAACGAGAACCCCAAAUCUGCGGGCGAAAAUUCGUCUUCGUCGUCGUCUGUCGACACAACAACAGCAGUAGCAGCAGCAGCCGACAUUUGUAGCAGCACAAAAGUUGAUGUUGCCACAGAAACGGAAAGUAAGGCGGAGCAAAAACAAGAAAAUAUUUGUGAAAAUUCCGAAAAAACGCUCCGUGCGGACGCCGAAACCGCGGAAAAUCACACGGAAAACCAUGAUUUAGCGAGCAGCACGCAGCAUGAGAUGACUUCAAAGCCAUCAACGACUACUGAUAAGACAAACAAUGAUAAAACGCCAGCAACUUCUCCGCAAGAUAAGAAAUCGAGCAAGGGAAGUAAGGCGACGAGAAACGUGCUGGAUGUGCGUUCAGACCGAAGUUUACGGAGCAAGGGCACUCCGCGGUCCGAAAGCUCUGAAACGCCCUCGAAGAAAACCGAUGAAGCGGAAAAAUCUGAAGAACCCAAAAAUGAGGGCACGCCGCUUGCUGCGAAACGAGGACGUGGUCGAAAGAAAAAAAUUGACACAGAAUCGCCGCAAACGGAAACAAAAAUUGAAACAGAGUCGACUGAAGCUAAACCUCGUAUCACACUAACAAUCCGACAAAAUCGCUCAACGAAUCCCGUCGUGAUCCCCUCAUCGCUCGAACCCCCGAAAAAAGUCGAGCCUGUAAUUGUUGUGAAAAAACGGGGGCGUCGCAGCAAGCAAUCUUUACAAGCGGAAAAAUUACUAAAUCCCGAUCAAACAACUCCUCAAAUCCUCACACGAAGCGCUCAUAAAGACGAUUCGGGCGCCACGAAACGCCCUUUGCGACGAAUUCGACCUACAGCAAAGAUUUUAGCGAGCGACGAGCUGCGCGAAGGUUUCGUACAACAAAAUUGCGCUCGUCUCAAUAUCACCGACGAGGAAAUUCAGCACAUGGAACAGACCGAAGAGGCUGGCAAACAAAGACAAACACGAGAAAUCGUUAAAAGACGCGGUGCAACGAAAGAUGAAAAGUCAGAAAAUGUCAAACAAAGUACGAGUCCACAGGAUUCCGUCGAUUCGACAGAUAUCAAACGAAGUCUUUCGUUUUCCGACACUUCAAGUUCAAGCAAAAUUUCGUAUUCGUCGAUUCAAGCACCGCCGGCGCCCAAAAUUUGUCCCGAUCCGGCGGAUUUCCUGCGAGAAAUUAGAAAUGCUAAACUUGCGCUGCCGAAAUCGCCGGAAGAUAAUAAAAAGUUGAACAAAAAACAGGUCAAGCGACUGAUGAAAAUGAAGGAAAAGCACUUUUUCUUGUUGGGUUUGAAGAAAAAUCGAGGGCACAAGGUGUCAGAUUCGGAAGAUGGCUCUGAUGAAUGCGACGAAUUUGUUCCAACGCGAAAAGUGAUGUCAGUUGGGAAGCCAGGUGUGACUUUACGUUUGCGGAAUUUCCGGAAGGAGCAUGAACAAGCAGCAAAAAGACGUGGAUCGCCGUUGCAAGUGCCGGGACGCAAGCGAAGAGUGAAGGAACACGAGAUGGAACAGCGAAAGAGACAUCAAGCGACGCCGCAAGAUGCCGUUGUGUCAUCGAAUCAACCAAAUUUAGUGCCUGCUUCGAUAACGAACCCAACGUCGAAUCAUCGUCAAAUGUCGCUACCGGCAAUGGAGCAACCACAAGAAAUUAUCGACGUGGAUGAAAUGAACCUCAUUUGUCUCUGCCUUCAGACGAGCAAUUAUUUUCUGCAACGUACGGAUGCGAUGCGACAUUGUUGCGCCAUUGACGAUGUCGAAGGACAGAAAAUUGGAUGCACGAAUGAGCUACAUGGGGAUUUGUUGCAAUUACUUAGACCGAGUCUUCGUACGAGUUAUAUGGUUUUGUGCGAAAGUCACAAAAAGCGUCUUGUAUCGCAUAAUUGCUGUGCAGGCUGUGGAGUUUUCCUCACACAAGGCAUUUUUAGUCUUUGUCCGAAUAAACACUUUUUCCAUCGAGAUUGCACGGUAAAGUGUGUCUUGAAUGCGCCUCACGAUCCGAAUAGCCCGCACUUUACACUACCAACUCUUGCAUUUCAAUGUCCUCAUUGCGGCGUCGAUGUGCCCGAUAGCAGUUUCCGCGUCACAAUGAAGUCGGAAAAUGUUCCAGUAUUCUUCACAAAUCAAAAGCAUCACAUCCAUCGAGCAAAAAUGACGAUCACGAACAAACCCUCAGUCUCGUCGAACAGCUUUGCACUAAAUAUCGAACGCCUUGUGCCCGAAUCCGUUUUAGAAGCAUUACAAAGAGCAAGUACAAAACUCAAAACGCAUCCUCCAAAGGUUUUUACGCCGCGUGAUUUCUGUAAUGCCAUCUACAAUAGCGUCAAUAUCGAAAAAGUAGCAGAAAUUAUAGCUUCGGGAUUCGAGCUAACAAAGCCUUUCAAGGAAUUCCAAAACGGAACUUGCCUUCAUCUGGUUUCAAAUUUCGGCAAUGUUACCAUCCUCUACAUGGUUUUGUGUCGCAUUGCAUCAAAAGAUUUCAUCAAUGUGCUCGACAAAGAGCGUCGUACUGCCGUUAUGUGUGCCGUUGUGGGUCGCAAAAAUGAAAUUCUCAAAGUUUUAGUGCAAUUUGGAGCUGAUUUGACAUUAAAAGGACCUGAUGGCAUGACAGCCUUGCAUUUAGCUGCAAAAACGGGCAAUUUUCCAGCUGCUCAAAUUAUUUUAGAUUAUUUCCGUCAAAGUGCGUCUCAGAGUCGCACAGAGGAGUAUCUGAAUAUGACAGAUAACGGAAAAUGGACAGCUUUGGUGUGGGCAGCGGAGAAUGGAUAUGCCGAAAUUGUUAGUUACUUCAUUAGUUUGGGUGCGGAUGUGAAUAUUUGCGAUCAUCAUAACAACACGGUGUUACAUUGGGCUGCUCUGAGUGGCAAAAUUGAGACAAUUUAUCCGUUAAUGCUGCCGAAUACUUUGUACAAUACACAAAAUAUCAAUGGAGAUACCGCUUUACAUAUCGCUUGUCGUCAAUCAAACACUCGAAUUUGUCUCGUUCUCGUCGCAAACGGUGCUAAUUUGUACACAAGGAACGAUGCUGGGGAGAUUCCCUUCGAUUGUAUCCCCGACGAGACAAGUCAAUGUGCUCGCGUGCUGCAAUUUAACAUGGAAAUGCGAAAUUUGGGCAAUUAUAGGGAACGUAAAGUCUUGUGCCAUGACAUCUCCAAUGGUCGAGAACUGUAUCCCGUUCAAAUGGUUCAACGCUUGAGCAAUGCCGAAACAUUGAUAAUGUCCGAUUUCAAAUACAUCACAAAGAACAUCAUCAUCCAAAGUGCCGUACAAAUCGACACGCGAAUCAGUCAGAUGCGCGUUUGUUCGUGCAGCGACUCGUGCAUCAACGAAAACUGCCAAUGCGGGCAAAUUUCCAUUCAAAAUUGGUACAAUUCGCAAGGGCAGUUGAUCAACGAGUUCAAUUAUGACGAUCCCGCGAUGAUUUUCGAGUGUAGCGAUGUGUGCGGAUGCAAUUUGUCGUUGUGCAAGAAUCGUGUUGUGCAACAAGGCACUAAAAUCCCGAUGCAAGUGUUCGAAUGUGAUGAUCCGGUGCGCGGAUUUGGCGUUCGAACGCUCGUUAAAAUACCAAAAGGAACAUUUAUCACGGAAUAUAUCGGCGAGAUACUGACAGAUGCGGAGGCGGAUCGACGUACUGACGACAGUUUCUUCUUUUACGCUUCUGAGCACUGCCUCGACGCUAAGUUCUACGGGAACGUCAGUCGUUUCUUCAAUCAUUCAUGCGACGCAAAUAUCGCACCGAUACGCGUUUAUUAUGGCCAUCAAGAUACCAGAUUCCCCAAAAUUGCCUUCUUUGCCAGUCGAGACAUUGAACCUGAAGAGGAAUUAACUUUCGAUUACGGCACAAAAUUCUGGUUGGCCAAAUACAAACAAUUUACUUGCCAUUGUAACUCUUCAAAAUGCCACUACUCGUCGGCAACAAUAAUGAAGACAUUAGAAGAAUACAACCAAAGAAACCCUAACAAUUAGUCAAAUAAAAAAAUGUAGAAUCGUACAUACAACUACUACUGUAUAAAAAAGUACUAAAGACAACAACAUGCAAUAUUAUUUUUAAAUUUUCUAAUCAAACAAAUACCAAAAAUAAGGAUUUUACUUGAAUUGACUUCAUUUUAAAGUUUGAAACUAUUUACACAAAAUAGAAAAAAAAAAUUAUAGCCCACAUUUAUUUACUUGAAUUAUGAUU